AUGGGUGGUAACAAUUUUACUAUUGCAAUACUUUUCGUCCUCUGCAUUUUGGUCAAUUGUGUUACCAGUGACAAGGAAGUGAAUUUCGACUCUGCAUAUGGACUCACAGUGCGCUCUAUUUCGAAGGUGGAUGAUCAACUUUACGAUGUAAUUGUAUCAUCAAACGAAGUGCUUAACGAUCAAACCAUUCGUAUACUUCUUCCAUUGGAUUACACCACUAGUGAUAGAACCCGCCGGUACCCUGCCCUGUAUUUAUUACACGGUUCAUUUGGUGGUGCUGAAGAUUGGACGAGAGCAGGUAAUGCUCAAAAUAUAUGUGGUAAUGCAUCAUUAAUUACUGUUAUGCCGAAUGGUGAUCCAUUUGGAUUCUAUACAAAUUGGGUUAUUCCGGGUAAUGCUGCUCCGCAAAAUUGGCGUACAUUUCAUAUGGAACAACUAGUACCUUGGAUUGAUUUUAAUCUACGUACAGUAACUAGCAAACAAGGUCGUGCUAUUGCUGGUCUCUCAAUGGGAGGAUUCGGUGCAAUUCAUUAUGCUGAAUUCUAUUCGCAUAAUUUUAUUUAUGCAGCAAGUUUCUCUGGUGCUCUUGAUCUACUUAACACAAAUGUACAAAACGGGAUUCUCAACUUAAGAAUCAUCGACGAUGUUCCUCUCGUUGGUCCNGUAUCUAUAUAUCGAGCAUAUAUGGCAAUAACGAUAAAUGACAUGAAAAAUGAACUACGACUUGCGCAAGAAGAAUUAGCUUCUCAAAUUGUACUUUCGCUAACCUAUUUUGCACAUUCAACAAGUUUUUAUAUGUAUACACUUUCCGGUACGAUAUUUCGUAAGACGUUGAUGAAACUUUUCGAACGAUAG